GCUGGUGCCUCUACAGAUCGGCUCCUGAGCGCUUCUGCUGCCUGUGGCUGACCACGCAGCCAAGACAGGGCUCAGGGCUGCACCACCCCCAGCUGCUGCCCCUAGGCCAGAAGGUUGAGUCUUACCUGCUGACCUGGAGAAGUGACCCUGUGUGGUCCCGCCCUGAGACAAGUUCCAGAGAGCCCUCACAGCUCCUUUCUAGGACUCCAGAUCUGGCUGGCUGUGGAGACAGGCUCUGAGGAGUGGCCUUUGCCCCAGUGUGGCAGCAGCAGCAGCAGCAGCAAGCUCUCCGUCCACCAUGGGCCAGGCCAGGAACUAAGGAGACCGGCCCCACGCCUCAGCAGUGCGCCCCGCAGGGCAGGAUGGAGAACAAAGCCAUGUACCUGCACACCGUGAGCGACCGAGACACCAGCUCCAUCUUUGAGGAGCCCUUUGAUGGCAGAAGCCUCUCCAAGCUGAACCUGUGUGAGGAUGGUCCAUGCCACCGCCGCCGAGUGGGAGGCUGCUGUAGUCAGCUGGGCUCCCUGUCGGCGCUCAAGUAUGCUGUUCUUGGGCUCUACCUGCUGGUCUUCCUGAUCCUCGUGGGCAUCUUCAUCCUAGCAGUGUCGCGACCCCGGAGCUCCCCGGACGACCUGAAGGCCCUGACUCGGAACGUGAACCGGCUGAACGAGAGCUUCCGGGACUUGCAGCUGCGGCUGCUGCAGGCCCCGCUGCAGGCGGACCUGGCGGAGCAGGUGUGGAAGGCGCAGGACGCGCUGCAGAACCACUCGGACUCGUUGCUGGCGCUGGCGGCCGUGGUGCAGCGGCUCGAGGGCGUGCUCUGGGGGCUGCACGCGCAGGCGGCGCAGACGGAGCAGGCGGUGGCCCUGCUGCGCGACCGCAUGGGCCAGCAGGGCGACGCGGCCCAGCUGGAGCUCUACCAGCUGCAGGUGGAGAGCAACGCCAGCCAGCUGCUGCUGCGCCACCACGGGGGCCUGCUCGACGGGCUGGCUCGCAGGCUGGGCCUCCUGGGCGAGGAGCUGGCCGACGUGGGCGGCACGCUGCGGGGACUCAACCAGAGCCUGUCCUACGACGUGGCCCUCCAUCACACGCGGCUGCAGGACCUGCAGGUGCUGGUGAGCAACGCCAGCGAGGACACGCGCCGCAUGCGACUGGUGCACUUGCACAUGGAGCUGCAGCUCAAGCAGGAGCUGGCCAUGCUCAACGCCGUCACGGAGGACCUGCGCCUCAAGGACUGGGAGCACUCCAUUGCCCUGAGGAACAUCUCCCUCAUCAAAGGACCACCAGGACCCAAAGGUGAUCAGGGGGAUGAAGGGAAGGAAGGCAAGCCUGGACUCUCUGGAUUACCUGGACUUCGAGGUCUGCCAGGGGAGAGAGGGACUCCAGGACUGCCUGGCGCAAAGGGCGAUGAUGGGAAACUGGGGGCCACAGGACCCAUGGGCAUGCGUGGGUUCAAAGGUGACCGAGGCCCGAAAGGAGAGAAAGGAGACAGAGGAGACAGAGCAGGAGAUACCACAGGAGGCGUGGAGGCUGUGGCCAUCCGGCUGGUGAACGGCUCGGGCCCACACGAGGGUCGUGUGGAGGUGUACCACGACCGGCGCUGGGGCACCGUGUGCGACGACGGCUGGGACAAGAAGGACGGGGAUGUGGUGUGCCACAUGCUGGGCUUCCGAGAGGCCAAGGAGGUGUACAGGACUGCUCGCUUCGGGCAAGGCACAGGGAGGAUCUGGAUGGACGAUGUCGCCUGCAAGGGCACAGAGGACAGCAUCUUUCGCUGCGUCUUCUCCAAAUGGGGGGUGACCAACUGCGGACAUGCCGAGGACGCCGGCGUGACAUGCAGCAGGCCCUGAAAGGGGGCUCAGCCCAACGUCCGGGCACUGCGGAGAGCCUCCUUCUGGCGCUCCUGAGCUGGAGGGAUCGCUCGGGGGCCAUGCCUCUGCCCAUGUCUCUGCCCGGCCCGUGCAGCCACCCACUCCGCAUACUGCUUGUCCCGGGACCACGGUGGCCUGUCGUCAUUCUCCGCUUGGGCAUGUGCACUCAAGUGCACUCAGACCUACUGCCACUCUCUCCCUCCCACCUGGGCCCACUCGAAGCCCGGCCCCGGGGGUGGCUGGUAUUUCCUGGCCUUCUCCGCACCACGGCGCAGUCCUCGGAUUCCAGGCAUUUGGGGGGUCUGGGGGUUCCACAUGGGUGCUGAGAAUAUGUUAGGCCCGUCAAGCAAUGGACCGUUCGUUCUUCAGGUAAUUCCCAGACCUCAAUUAGCCCAAAGUUUCCACAUCUCUCCUUCAGGAAGAGGCAGCACUGGAUCAUUUCACGUCCCAUGUGGCUCUGCAGGGUUUGGGGGAAGUGACCGAAGGGAGGCGGGAAUGCCAGUUGCCUGGAGGAUUGAAGCAGGAUUUGGAGAGGGGAGAAAAACAAACAUGCAUUCAAUACCCACCACGGUGUGCUCAUGGGUAUCUUGGGUGCCACGCCCACUUAUCUGUCCACGUGGCGGCAUUCCUAGGACGCAUGUUAGCCUGGGGACGACCUGACUCCAGGUAGCACUCCACUGACCCACUCACCGGAUCUCCGCGUCUUAGUUUUCAGGAUGACCAGUUUGCCUCGUCUGCACCUUAGUCUAUCUUUGCUCGGCUGGAAAACAAGGCCCGGGGGCAGGGCAUGUGCAACAGAACUCUUCCUCCCCAAACCCUGCAGGGUGGGAGUGGAGGGGCUCCAGGCGGGAGGACGGUGGGUUUGGAGGAGGGGGGGACUGUCUGAAUGAACUUGAAGUUGGUGCUCCGUCAUCGGGCAACCAGGGUUAGAAACUCAGACGACUCGGCUGGGGACAGAUGAUGAUAUCACCCUUUCUGGACUGUAUUGCAUGUGAUCCCGGGCACAGGAGAGGGCAUCUCCCAAUGGGAUGCUGUAGGGCUGGCAGGAAGUGCGGAGUCCCUCUCACCUCCAGGGGGAAGAAGAAGCCAGGAGGCCUCUCUGCAGGAGACCGGGAAAUGAGUGUAUCUUCUGCUUUUCACACCAGGAGGUGCCCCUGUGAGGGUCUCACGCACCCACUCAGGCCUGGGACACACAAGCUCCUGUGCUAGCAGGGUGGGCAUCAGCCCCAACAGGCUCCAAAAGGGAGAUCCAGGACCCUCCAGGUGCAAGACGAGCAAAGUUCCCGGCUGACCCCCAAACCGAUAUGUUGUAUUGGUCAUUUUCUGCUUAUGAUAUGCUUGUUUUUCAUUAAUGUCAUUAACGAUCAGAGACUCUUCUUCGGACCAACCACUGUUUACAUAGCACGCAGGUACCCAGGCAUCAUUUCCCAGAGCCAAUAUCUGUAUGUAUCUAUCAACAUAGCACUCUUUACGACAGAGCUCAGCACGCUGUUGCCAAGUUUGCUUUUUUUUUUUUUUAAUGAUAGAGGCGAAAGAUGUCACAUUUUACAAAAUAAAUUCCCAUGUCAAUUCUGGGAAAUAAUCCAGUUUACUUUUUCCACUUGAUCUUUUUACUUGGGAAAAUGCAAGUCCUGUCUGUGUGACACUCAAUAAAAACAAAAAUUGAAAAGGGUUUACGCCUAAAAAAUGAAAGUCUAACUAGUUUACACGCCGCUUGAGAAGACUUAGAGAUCAUGAAGCUCUUUUUCAGGGACAAAAGGCAAUUAGGCAUGGCCUAAAAUAAAUGAGACCUUUUGUAAGAAAGCAUCUCAAUAAAGCUGAAAACAUGCCACUUAA